AUGGCGGUGAAUCGCGAGGAACUCGCGGGGAUGGAAUAUGCCCUAGGAGAUCGGUACUGGGCUGACCAGCGGCUUGACAAGGCGAAGAAAUGGUAUUCGGCUUGUAUUGAACAUGGUUCUGCCAAGCACAAUUUUCCGUCGCACAUCUUGUUGAGGUAUCAGUCAGUUCAAUGGUGGAACGAAAUGAUUGAUGUCAUUGAGCAACUUCACUCCCAGUCUACUCUUGCCCCCAUGAUGCUUGCUCUGACGGAGAGUUCUCGGAACGAGAAAGUCCAGGUUGCCAUUCUGGAAGCAGGAGUCAACACCAAUAACCUUGGCGUCUUUGAUCAUGUGUACCAGGGUGCAAUUAAAUCCGCCGUAAAAGCCAAAAAUUACCGCGCCUCGUUCAGUCUUCGACAGGCCUACGCUAGCGCUCUCGCCGCACGUCACCCCUGUCCAACCGACGACAUCAUGAAAGUCUUGGAAGCAGCCGCUGGCGACGUUCCAUAUACCAAUACGGAUUUAGCGGCUACCUUUUUCCUCGUCGGCUAUAGAUUGGGAACAAUCUAUCUCGACAAAGCGAAGGUAGCCAAGAAAGCAGGCCAAGAGGAUGAGGCGAAGGACUGGCUGCGCAGAAUGUCUGCGAUUGUUCCCGAGCAAGUCACCGAAAACCAAAUGCGCCUUCCGCUUAGCCUGUUCUCCGCCCGGUAUUACUACAUUAACAAUGACCUGGAAGCGGCCCGGAGCAUGGUGCACAACACACUGAGAAUGGCAACCGAGCUCUUGUCGGACGAUGAUUCCACAAACGACAUGCUGGCCUACAAGAAAAUCCUCUACGCUGUCAUUCCAUUCAAGGACGAGGCCAACGCUGCCGCAGCGCUUGCGAUGAUGAAGCUUGAGGCACCAGGAGGGAGCUUUUCCGUUUCCUGUUCCUGCUCCUGUGGCCACACAUGGACAACCCCUGGGGAUAUGUGGUGGUGCAUGGACUGCAUCAAUGUAGUUUUGACAUCCAAGUGCAAGGAGGAUAUCAAGAACAGAAAUGUCUGCUGGGAGAGCCAUAGCCACUUCUACAUCCCCAAGUGGGAUGAGGAGAAGAUGAGCAGCAACACGUCUAAGAAUCUUGUGCCGUGGAAUGGCAUGAACAUCUCAAUGGAUAGAUGGAGAAAGGAAAUCACCAAGGCUUAUCGUUUGACCAAGUCUUAG